UGCGGAUCUCUGAGCUGUGAACCGCCGCAGACGAAGAGAACGAAGCCGCCACCAGAGGGAGGACCGACGGACGGAGGAGGAGAGCCAGCAUGUCCCGGAGAAAGCAGAGCAAACCCCGGCAGAUUAAACGUUCCCAUGGGGAUCUGGACGGCGGAGAGGAAAACACAGCGGACACGCCGAGCCUAUCAGGCGAGGAGGGCGGAGCCUCGGAUCCAGAGGAUUCAGCAGAAGGAGACAGCUGCAGCCCGCCAUCGUACACGGCGCUCUACAACGAAGAGUCAGGGAUGCAGGACUCAGGAGGAGGACCCGACGAUGACGAAGGCGAAGGGGAGGAGCCGGCUGCUAUGCAGAGCGGCAGCGAGGAGGAGGAGGCAGUGGAGGAAGAGGACGAAGUGUUACAGUGGAGAGGUCCAGAUGAGCUGCAGCUGAGCGAUGAAGAUGGUGGCAGCAGCGUGGUGGCGGUCAGAGACCUGCAGCCCGACACCGUCUGGGGCCCGGUGCCAGGAAUCCUCCAAUCAGACGGCAGCACAGAGAACUCGGCGCUGACUCUGCUCUGUGAACAGGCAGACUGCUGGAUUAACCGCCUUCCUCUGACCUCUGACCCUUCGGCAGCCAACUGCAUCAUCUACAGCCGAGGUGAGGAGCUGUUCUGUAAGGUCACCACAGAGGUCAGGGCCGGUAGAAAGCUCCUAGCUUCUCUGUCGCUGCGUCCGCCUUCCUCUUCCUCCUCCUCUUCCUCCCUGGCGGCCCAGCUGUCUCCUCCACUGCAGCCAGCGGUGAAGGAGGAGCCUCUGUACCCGGCGGCGCUGCGCUCCGACAUCCAGCUGCUUCCCCAGCAGGCCGGCAUGGCGGCCAUCUUGGCGACCGCCGUGGUCAACAAGGAUAUUUUUCCAUGCAAAGACUGUGGGAUCUGGUACCGUAGUGAGCGGAACCUGCAGGCCCACCUCAUGUACUACUGCGCCAGCCGGCAGAAGCAGCCGGCUGCGGCCUCUUCGCCCCCGCAGGACAAGCCCAAAGAGUCGUACCCCAACGAGCGCAUCUGCCCGUUCCCACAGUGCAACAAAAGCUGCCCCAGCGCCAGCUCUCUGGAGAUCCACAUGCGCACACACAGUGGUGAGCGUCCGUUCGUUUGUCUCAUCUGCCUUUCAGCCUUCACCACUAAAGCGAACUGUGAGCGCCAUCUUAAGGUCCACACAGACACACUAAACGGCGUCUGCCACGGCUGCGGCUUCGUCUCCACCACCAGAGACAUCCUCUAUAGCCACCUGGUCACCAGCCACAUGGUGUGCCAGCCGGGAUCUCGCAGUGAGGUCUACUCUCCAGGACCAGGCCUUCCUAAACUGCCCCUCUCCACCGGUCUAAGCCCUGGAGACUCUGGUGUGGUGCUCAAGUGUCAGGUUUGCGGCCAUAACUCUGACUCACCCGCCCAGCUGCAGCAGCAUGUUCGGACCCACCUGGAGGUCAGGGUCCCAGCUGAAAGGAGCCCCACUCCUCGCCAGAGCACCCCCUUGUCGGCCGAGCAGCCCCAACUGUCCCCACAUGAGAGGGAACCACUAGCUUGUGUUCCCAAACCAGAUUCAUCAAGUCCAGGAGCAAACGGGGGAUCAGCAACGCCUCGAGACUUCAGUUCUCCUGAUGCUCAGACUUCAGAGCUGAAGAUAAAGGAGGAGCCGCAGUCAGAGUCUGAGACGGAGGAGCAGCAGAUGGAGAUGAAAGAGGAUGGGGAGGAGGAGGGUGUUGCUGGAGAGGAUCCGGAUCAAGAAGUACGAAAGACGACAAAGGAAGAGCCAACUAUGAACUCUUCCUGUCAAACACCAAACUCUCCAAAGAGUCCCCCUAACCCAACCGUCAAAGCCGAACCAACCAGUCCCACUCCUGGUUCCAGUCCUGCCCAUGUUGGAGAAACAAGUUCAGGCGUUGCAGGAGGAUCAAUCUUCCUUCCCCAGUACAUGUUCAACCCUGAAGCAGCCAUCCUGCCACAGGCAUCAGAGAUCCUGGCAAAGAUGUCCGAAAUGGUCCACAGUCGGCUGAAACAGGGCCAGGCGGUCGUUCAGAGCAACCCGGCCGCCUUCUUCACCUCCGGACCUACCGCGGCUGCAGCUGCAUCCACUGCCACUCCACCCCAGAAAGGAGCCACCUGCUUUGAGUGCGACAUCACCUUCAAUAACAUCAACAACUACUAUGCACAUAAAAGGCUUUACUGCUCCAGCAGACACCAGGGAGAGGGCCCAAGUUCGGCUUCAGGGUCCGGAGUCUCUGCGCCGGCAGCUUCUGGCGGACUUCCCAGCUCGUCUCCUCAGAUCGGAGCAUCAAGCAGAGCCGCGUCCGUCUCUCCAACGAACUCUGAGCCUCCUGCAGGAACUGGAGUGGCAGAAUCUAAGAGGCUGGUUGAGGUAAAGACAGAAACUCCUGCAGGGAAAGAAGGAGUGUCGUCCUCUUCGGAGGGUGAAAGUGGUGGAGGAGGAAGGGCAAGCGAAGGCAGUCAAAGUCCUGCCAGCGGUUCUACAGAGGACAUGGAAGAUGAUCCUAACAAAACCUUCUGCGAGGCCUGCAACAUCCGCUUCAGCCGUCAUGACAACUACACCAUUCACAAACGGUUCUACUGCGCGUCUCGCCAUGACCCAUCCAACCAGCGGGCCACCCACAUGUCCAAGAGCUCCAACACCGCGGCCUUCCUUCCUCAGCCCAUCCGCACUCGCAAGAGGAAAAAGAUGUACGAGAUCCACAUGGCUCGAACAGAGGCGCUAGCUAACGCCGCCGCUGCUGCCACCACUUCCGCAGCUUCUGCUCCCUCUCCUUCCGUUCUGGGUUUGGUGGUAAAGCAGGAAGUAUCUCCUGGCGGUGCGGGUGGCUCCAGCCCCGAAGGAGACGGCCCCAUAGACCUGAGCAAGAGACCUCGUUUGAGGGAGACUCCUCGGCACAACAGUGGCGGCGGUAUUCUCCCGGCGCUUCCUCUAACCGAUUACCACAAGUGCACCGCCUGCAGCAUCAGCUUCAACAGCAUUGAGAACUACCUGGCCCAUAAGACCUACUACUGCCCGGCCACCACUCUGCAGCCCCACACCCUGGAGCAGCUUCACAGGCUCAAGAGGUCGGCCUCCACUUCCCCUAAGAGCAGACCCCAACAGGAGCGGCUGGACCUCCUUCAUCCUGCUGAGGCUAAAGCUUUGCCUGCUGAGUGGGUCGCCCAGGGUCAAGGGGGCUCCCCCAGCCCUCGCCCCUCUGCCUUACCCGCUUCUGGUGCGGCAUCUCCCUCGCAUGCAACACUUGCAGCCACUCCAGGAGCCGGAGCUAAAGGAGCGGCUGCCAGUUCCUCCCUAGCGGUCUGCCCAUACUGUCCGAACCGGCCCAUCACCUGCGACCUGGUGGAGCACUUCAAGACCACCCACGGGCUGGUCUUAACCGUUCAGCCUCCGGCGGAGACCCCGCCGCGGCCCGGCAGGGCGGUCAGCCGCAGCCCAAGCCUCAGUCCCAGGGAUGGGGUCACCGGCGCCACAACCCCCACCAACCAGACCAAGAUGGCCUCCCGAGUCCACAGAGACAGCGUUAACGGACAGACCUGCAGCGGCGCUGCUUCCCCUGCGUCCCCGCAGGUGAACGGCAGCCCGUCAGUUGGGGGAGGAUCGCCUUCUUCUGCCUCACCCCUCCCCGUGUCUCCGCCCCGCGCCCCAUCUCUGACUGUCUCACCCGUGCCUGAGGCUCUGCGGGAGAAGGUGGCGCCCGUCCACCUUCCCGAGAGCACGGCAUCCAAUCCCAUCGCUGGACCCAAAACGGCGGUAAUCUCUCCGGUCCAGAACGGUAACUCCCGCUUCUGCCGGCUGUGCAACAUCAAGUUCAGCAGCCUUUCCACGUUUAUAGCUCACAAGAAAUACUACUGCUCCUCCCACAGCGCUGAACACAUCAAGGGAGCCCUCUAAUCUCUCUUCUUCCCCUAUUCCCAUGUCUUUCUGAGUGGAUUGAACGCCGAGAGGCGCCCCCUGCUGGAGGAACCAACACGGAUGACUGUUACGUCCCAUCCUCUGCAGGUGGUGUUACGAACUCAGUGGUUUCCUCUCCAAAUGGGUCAUUUUUCACACACUAAGAGCUGAGACGCAUCCUCUUCACCUUCCCGACCUGAACAGAGGAAUAUUUCAAACAGACUCAAUCGUUGUUAAUGUUUUUAUCCUCUGUGCAUAAUGUAUGUCUGAAAAACAGAAAUCUAUGAUGCUUUUGUUUCAACACUGGCUCUUGUUUUUGUUUGUUUUUUUCUGGGUGGAAAAAGCAGAAAUCACCUUGUUACUAAUUUACCGAAGGAUGGACGCUUUCUUUUCAUACGCGCAACAUUGUUUUUAUUUUUUCUUCAAAGAGCAAGGGAGAAAAGAAAUGUGAAAUAUUUAUCUUUGAGUCCUCACUGAUUUCACGUCGACAGAAAACUACCUACCUGUUGUCUGAGAGUAUUUGUAUUUUUUAUUUGUAUAUUUUUUCAUACUGUUCGAAGGCCGUGUUUGGAUCAGGUGUGCUGAAGUGACUUUUCUAAGUGUAGAUAUGUAAUAUCUUACAGUAAUCACUGGGAUCACACUGAGCUUUGUUAUUAUCAUGUUAGCGUUUUGUUAGCUGGUGGUGAGGUUUGUGUUCGUUUUUUUUUUUUCCUUCUCUGCUUGUUGCUGAUUAGAUGUUCGAUUAGAUCGCAGCGGCUCGCUGAUUGUUGAAGAUGAUGAUGAAGCCCUGCGGGUUUCAGGUUAAAUUAGUUUUUACCCGGUGAUGAAGGCACAACAUUGUGUUUGCGCCACAUGUUCCCAUGCAGCAGGACAGUGUUAGCUCAAACUGUGAAUACUUUUUGAUUUAGAAAAGACGCAUCAGGACGCAGUGGGGGCGAUCCGUCACAUCAUCACUCACUCUGAUAGGCCGGCACUUAAAGCUGACAGGCCUGAAAAAGUAAACUCGUUUUAACCUCAUGUUCCCUCAGAAUACCAUUUCUUCUUCCAACAUUUUGGAUUUGAUCUGAUCAGACACAUAAGCAGCCUGAAAACUGUCUCCAUCCUGCCCAAUAUUAAGAAAUUAACAAAGAAAACUUUUUUUUGCUGCUGAUUUAAAGAUCCAUUAAGUGGGACCUUUAACUUGCAUUUAUCAGUAGGUAGAACUACUGCUAAAUGCUGUUGGUUUGGUUUGUCCCCUCUCUGUUACAGUAGUUGUUUGUUGAAAUCUCACCAAGUAUUUUUGGUCUAGUUUCCGAUCUAGUGCAAGUAUCUUAACACACUUGAAAUAAGGCAAAACUAACUCACAAGUAACUUUUCAGCAAGAUGGAGGAGCUUGUUUUCAGUAAAUAAGUUAUUAAUGUUGAUGAGACACUAGUUCCACUGGCAGACUGAAAAUCUCUUGUUAUAAGUUAAAUAUUCUGCCAUUGAAACUAGUUUCUUAAUUAAUUUUAAGGACUUAUUUAUCCAAAACCAGCUCCUAUAAUUGCUGAAAAGUUACUCGUAAGUCAGUUUGGUCUUUUUUUUUCCAGGAUAUUUGCACCAGAACAUUAACAUUUCGUAGCUAGAAAAACGAGCUUCCACCAAAAAACUCAGAAGUUUUCUAGAAAAGACAAGGAAAUUUCUGAGCCCCAAAAAGUCAAACAUUUGCUAGAAACAACUCAGAAGUUUU